CCAGCUGCGCGAUGACGCGGGGGGAGGAGGAGGAGGAGGAAGACGGUGCCUCGCAGUGAGCCGACUGGGCAACUGCAGAAGAGGGUCGACCGGAGCAGCAGGAAGCGAUCGGAGACCCCGGGGGGAUUCCGGAGAUGAGUCAGAAAUCGAAGCGCAGGGGGAUCCAUGUGGAUCAGUCGGAGCUGCUGUGUAAGAAAGGAUGCGGUUACUACGGCAACGCCGCCUGGAAGGGCUACUGCUCCAAAUGCUGGAGAGAGGAGUACCAACAUGGCCGGCAGAUCCAGGAGGACCGCGAGCUGGCAGAGAGGUUACAGAAGGAAGAGGAUGCCGCCGCGUACAGUGUGCAACGGCCGACGCCCAAGCCGCCGUCUCUAGCGCACUUCUCGAAGUUUGAGGAGAAAAAGACCAAUGAGAAGGCGCGCAAAGUGAACACGGUGAAGAAGUUCUUCAGCCCGUCGUCUCGCGCUGCAUCCAAAAAAGGGAGUCCAGAGGGCAGGACCCCGAGUCCCUCUCUUACCCGGAAGGUCAGCAUCGAUACGGACCGUGCGUCGAGGGAGUUUCUGGACUUCCUGAGGAAGCUCCCGAGACUGGGCCCGGAAAUCUACAAGCAGAGCAAGACGUUCACUGACAGCAUGGCCAGUAAAGAGGACCUGGGUGCAGAUGAGUCCUCUGAGUGCGUCCAGGACUUUUACCAGAGCCUCUCAGAUCGCCUGCUUACUCACUGCAAAGGGUCCGCUGAGCGUGUGGAGCGGGUCAUGGACCACGUGGAGAAGUACAUAAUGACUCGUCUCUAUAAGAAUGUCUUCUGCCCUGAAACCACAGAUGAUGAGAAGAGAGACUUGACCAUACAGACGAGGAUCAGAGCCCUUCACUGGGUCACAGUGCACAUGCUCGGCGUCCCUGUGGACGAGGAGAUCCCCGAGGUCUCGGAAGAUGUGCUUCAGGCCAUCACAGAGAUCAUCCAGAUGGAUUCCAUGCGAGUGCCCCGUGACAAGCUGGGAUGCAUCACCCGUUGCAGCAAACGCAUCUUCAGCGCCAUCAUGAUCAGCAAGCGGGAACCUGCGUCGGCCGACGACUUCCUGCCCGCCCUCAUCUACGUGGUGCUGAAGGCCAACCCACCUCGCCUGCAGUCCAACAUCCAGUACAUCACCCGCUUCUGCAACCCCAGCCGGCUCAUGAGUGGAGAAGAUGGUUACUACUUUACCAACCUGUGCUGUGCGCUGGCCUUCAUCGAGAAGCUUGAUGCCCAGUCUCUGAACCUGAGCCCAGCUGAGUUUGAGCGCUACAUGUCCGGCCAGGCGUGCCAGCCGGCGCCGGUCUCCGACAGUCUGGAGCUGCUGUUGGGGCUCGGGGUGCGUCAGGAGCGCGUGCUGGAGGGCGCCCAGCAGCUGGAGAGAGACCUCAUCGACUGGCAGCGAGACGUGGAGCGCGAGGUCAAACAGGCUCUGGAGAAGCACCCUCUGCAGGGCCAGCAGAGCACGUCCGCCAUUGACUCGGAAAACGUGGGCCAAGAUUGCCUGCCGCCUCCGCUGCAGCCUCAGGUCCUCACUGGCUGAUCCCCCCCCCCCGCCGCCUCCGCUGCAGCCUCAGGUCCUCACUGGCUGACCCCCCCCCCCCGCCACCCAGCUGACCCUACCAUCCCCUUCUGAACAUACCAGCUGACCGAUCUUCACUCUUUACUUUCAGGAAAAGGCAUGUAAAUAUGUUUACGUUUAGGGAACUACUUAGUUGAUUGAUUGCAAGGAAAUGACAUUUUUUGCAAAUCUUCUUCAUCUUAUUUAUAAUAUCCGUACACAUAUUUACAUAAAUGUGGUGCCUUCUCAUUUGAGACCAACCAUUUUUCAAGACAGCAUUAAAAAAAUGGAUACAUUUUUAAUUUAUUUCAUACUCAAUGCAAACAGUUUUUUUCUGCAUUUUGCAAACUGACUUAGGCCGCCAAACUGACUUAGGGCAUGAAUUAAUCGUAACUUGUGGUGAAAGUAUGGUCAUUGAUUCAGUUUUUAUUUAAUUUAAACAAUCAUCGUAUUGGUUCGGUACAUAAAAAUGCUGUUUGCAGCCAGUAAACGUUUACUGAUGCCUCACUGUGCCUGUUUGAGUAUAAUUUACUCUUUGGGGUCAUAUGGACCCUGCUGGUAUCUAGGACAUUGUACCGUGGUUCAUUGCUGCAGUGUGUUACAAUGUCCUUUAUGAACCUGUGUAUUGCAACUGCUUAAAAAGACAUAUAUUUCUCUGUUAUUACCCAUCCAUCCUGUAGGGGGCAAAUGUCUCCUCAUAGUAUUUAGUUAUGUUUAAUUUCCUUAUUAAUGUCUUGGUAUUUUCAUUUCUGUUUAAUCUUUCGAAUGGCUGCAUGUCACUUUAAGAACGCGGUAUAGUAACGCAGUUAUUCUACGUAAGGUGGGGGGGGUUUUGGGACGAUUUGAAAUGAACGGAUUUUCUAACCGUAUUUAGGCAGUGGAAAUUUGGUAAACUGGUGAAUCUUUAGACUUUAUUUAAGAUUUAUGUUUAUAGUUUAAUAAACGUUUAAAUGCAUACAAAUGUAUUCAUUUUAUUUCUGCGUGGAACAUAAGCCGAACACGGUGUCUGUUAUGUGCUUUUUAAAGCUGAUUUAAGAAAUAUACUCAGAAUUUUACUCUCACCCACAGUUUUCCCGGAAUUUCAUUUAUCGGCUAUAUUGAUAGCUUACAUCUGUUUUCCGAAACCGCUGGCCAUGUUCAGGUGUGCGGGGGAUCUGGAGCCUCUCCCAGAAGCUACUGGCACAAGGCAGGGAAUAAACAGGAUGGGGCGCCUACCUGUCACGCCCACAAUCUUUGCGUCACAGUUAAUUUCGGAUUAAUAUUUGAACUCGGCACAAAUACUACUGUCAGAUGCACCUGUUUUUAUUUAUGAAACAAGAAGAAAGUAUAUUAUGUUCUAUUUCGUUAGGAGUUGUUGCGUUUUAUGCUCGGUUGCUGGUGUUUAUUAAAAUGGUUUAUUUUAAAGA